AUGGCUCCAUCGCAACAAAACAUCCUACCCGUACACAGGAACGAAUCCAGUGCGGGUGAAAACAGACCCAGACACUCGACUCACAGCCAUCAUCAUCCGCAUAUUCACCACCCGCACAUCCACGGCCAUCAUCCGCACAUCAAAGCCCGCAAGAAUGCUCUCAACGGAUACGUGUCAAACAAAUGGCGCAAUGAGCUUGUCGCGGCUGUUGCCGAGUUUGCUGGGACUUUCAUGUUCUUAUUCUUCGCAUUCGGCGGCACUCAAGUCGCCAACACUGCUGCGCUGUACAGUGACCAAGCUACUGCUGGACAGGGCGGGAACAGUAUAACGCAGGCACCAAACACCAGCGUCUUGCUGUACAUCAGUCUGAUAUUUGGGUUCAGUUUGAUGGUGUGCGUGUGGGUGUUUUUCCGAGUCAGUGGUGGAUUGUUCAACCCUGCUGUUACCCUAGGUCUUUACCUAAUAAAAGCGCUGAAAUGGGAUCGCGCAGUCCUAUGCUUCAUCAGCCAAAUGCUCGCUGGCAUAGCUGCUGCGGGCGUUGUAUCUGCCAUCCUUCCCGGCCCGCUGAACGUUUCGACGACACUUGGCAACGGUGUUACUCCCACGAUGGGCGUCUUCCUGGAGAUGUUUUUGACAUCUCUCCUCGUCUUCACCAUCUUCAUGCUUGCAGCUGAGAAACACAAAGCCACAUUUCUUGCUCCUGUCGGCAUAGGUCUCUCGCUCUUCGUCGCGGAAAUGGUUGGCGUCUUCUUCACUGGCGGUUCGCUGAAUCCCAGUCGAUCAUUUGGCCCCUGCGUCGUGACGCGCAACUUUCCAUCAUACCACUACAUUUACUGGUUUGGUCCAGUCAUGGGCACGUUGCUGGCUUUCGGCAUGUACAGGAUCGUCAAGAUAGUGGAAUACGAGACCGUCAACCCCGGACAAGACUUUGACGAUCACGAGGCUGCGGCUUUCCAGCCGCCGGAGAAUGCUGAGACAGCAGAGGAGGUCGGUCGACCAAAUGUGGCGGCUAUCGCGUUGGAGGAAGCCAUCAGGGCGGCGAACCCCGGAUCUGCCGACAGCCAGGAGGGAGACGAGAAGAAAGCACACACGGAGACCAGUGAUGGCUCGCCUAGUGGAACAUUGGUGUAUAGGGAGAAGCCUAGUGCACAGGAGUUAUUGGAUCGGACAGGGCACAACCAUUAG